AACUCGAGGUCCAGACUGUCAUGGCGGCAGGACGGCGACCUUGCAAUUUCUCCCUGGCCCACCCCAACAGGUGUCAGCAACUUCAGAAUGUGGCAACUCUCAAGCCUCUUCCUGUUGGUGACCAUCUGGGGAACUUCCGCCACACCAGCUCCUCCUGACUCAGUGUUCUCCAGCAGAGAGCUCUCCCACCGGGUGCUGCGGAUCCGCAAGCGAGCCAACACUUUCCUGGAGGAGCUCCGGGCCGGCAGCCUGGAGCGGGAGUGCGUGGAGGAGAUCUGUGACUUGGAGGAGGCCCAGGAGAUUUUCCAAAAUGUGGAUGACACACUGGCCUUCUGGGCCAAGUACAUCGACGAGGACCAGUGCGCGGCCCCACCCCCCGAUCACCCGUGCGACAGCCCGUGUUGCGGGCACGGCAAUUGCAUCGACGGCAUCAGCGCCUUCCGCUGUGACUGCGACCCGGGCUGGGAGGGCCGCUUCUGCCUAUACGAGGUGAGCUUCUCCAACUGCUCGCUGGACAACGGCGGCUGCGCGCACUACUGCCUGGAGGAGGAGGGCGGGCGCCGCUGCAGCUGCGCGCCGGGCUACAAGCUGGGGGACGACCACCUGCAGUGCGAGCCCACGGUGAAGUUCCCCUGUGGGAGGCCAGGGAGGCGAAUGGAGAAGAAGCGCAAGACUGUGAAACGUGACACAAGCCAAGCUGACCAAAUAGAUCCAAGGCUCGUCAAUGGGAAGCUAUCCGGAUGGGGGGAGAGCCCCUGGCAGGUGAUCCUGCUGGACUCAAAGAAGAAGCUGGCCUGCGGGGCGGUGCUCAUCCACACGUCCUGGGUGCUGACAGCGGCCCACUGCAUGGAGGACUCUAAGAAGCUCAUGGUCAGGCUCGGGGAGUAUGACCUGCGGCGCAGGGAGAAGUGGGAGUUGGACCUGGACAUCAAGGAGGUCCUCAUGCAUCCCAACUACAGCAGAAGCACCUCAGACAAUGACAUCGCACUGCUCCGCCUGGCCCAGCCCGCCAUCCUCUCACAGACCAUCGUGCCCAUCUGCCUCCCUGACAGUGGCCUUGCAGAGCGCGAGCUCACCCAGGCUGGGCAGGAGACGGUGGUGACUGGCUGGGGCCAUCGCAGCGAGGCCAAGAGAAACCGCACCUUCGUCCUCAACUUCAUCAAGGUCCCCGUGGUCCCUCAAAACGAGUGCAUCAAUGCCAUGCACAACAUGAUCUCUGAGAACAUGCUGUGCGCGGGCAUCCUUGGGGACUCACAGGAUGCCUGUGAGGGCGACAGUGGGGGGCCUAUGGUUGCAUCCUUCCGCGGCACCUCGUUCCUGGUGGGCUUGGUGAGCUGGGGCGAGGGCUGUGGGCGCCUCCACAAUUAUGGCGUUUACACUAAAGUCAGCCGCUACCUUGACUGGAUCCACAGCCACAUUAGAGCUGAGGAGGCCUCGCUUGAGGGCCAGGUGCCUUAGCUUCCCUCAGGCUUGUGUCUGGAGCCCAGAGGCCACUCGUGGAAUGGGGUGGGUGGGGGGGCUGGAUGGCUGAAUGCAACAGUUGAGACAUUAAAGGGGACAUGUAACAAGCACA